AUGGUCGGUGACCCAAGGGCAUCAUCAUUACACGAUGACUCAGAUGACACACCACAUUUAGGCGUGAGCCAACCUAUAUCCAUUGUCAGGCCCGACGAGAAAGAUUUGCGGCUCACUUCAGAGGUAAUCUUUCCUUAUAUGUGUCUCUGAUACUAAGUGUCUACUCAAGUAAGUAGGAAAUUAAUCAACGAGCGGUGAUUACAAUCUAAUUUUUUCGGUUCAGUUGAUAUCAUGUUUGAAUUCGUACGAUUUGAUUGAAACGCAUCAAGAACUCGAAACCCGCAUAGAAGUGCUUCGGAAGGUCAACAAAAUUGUCAAAGAUUGGGUGCAAAAAGUAUCAGAGCAAAAGGUUUGAGAUUUUUGGAUUUUUUGCGAUGAUGAUUCAUUCUACAGUUUGCCCAUUUGCCGAAAGAGCAGUAUGCUGACGUUGGCGGGAAGCUUUUCACAUUCGGCUCUUAUCGGCUGGGUGUUCAUACUCGAGGUAGAUUUUUGUUUUAUUGAGUGAUUCUCUGAUGAGUAACUUCUAUGGAAGUUUUUCCGUUAAGCAAUUCUUCAUUUACGUUUCUUUUACAUUAUCUGUUUUUCACUGCCCAGUGUGUUUUUGAUCUCGAGUAUUACCAGAGAAAAAUAUGCAUUCCUAUUAUUCUUUGUUGUUUGGUCCAUUUUUCGUGGAAGGCAUCGCAUCAUUUUUUCGUUAAACUUUUUCUCUAGAAAACAUGUUUUGAGUAACAAUGUGAUUUUAGGCGCUGAUAUUGAUUCUCUGGCCGUGGCCCCACGACACGUCGAAAAAUCCGACUUUUUCGGUCUUUUUUACGAUAUGCUCAAAGCGGUUAGUUUUUUUUACUGGUUUUAAAUGAUUACAAAAAAAAAGUUGAAAAGUAAGUUUUCUUUUCAUUCUAGGAUCCAAACGUCACCGACCUUCACAGUGUAGAAGAUGCUUUUGUGCCAGUUAUCAAGCUCAUGUACUCCAAUAUCGAGUUGGACAUUCUUUUUGCUCGCUUAGCGUUGAAGGUUCGAAAAUAUCUGGGUUCCGGUUUGUAAUUCGGAGAAUUUUAGGGAAUUAGUGACGACCAAGAACUCACUGACGAUAUGCUUCUCAAAAAUCUUGACGUCACCAGUAUUCGAUCUCUCAACGGUAAUCAUAUAUCCUCAAUCAAAGGAGCAAGUUUUUUUUUCAGGUUGUCGUGUAGCUGAUCAAAUUUUGCGUCUGGUGCCUCGUCAGAAAGAGUUCUCUCUCACUCUUCGGGCGAUCAAGCUUUGGGCUAAAAAUCAUGGAAUUUACUCGAAUAAACUUGGUUUCAUCUUUUUUCUUUCUGGCUCCAACUCCAAUGAGUUCAAUUCCAGGAUUUCUGGGCGGAGUUUCUUGGGCGAUUUUGGUGGCGCGCACUUGCCAACUCUAUCCAAACGCGACAGCUUCGAGACUCGUCCUCAAGUUUUUCUUCAUCUUCAGCUCCUGGACCUGGCCUCAUCCAGUUCUUCUCAAGAAUAUGGAGACUGAGCGCCCGGACAUUUCCAACUUGCUCGACAUGGUUUGGGACCCUAGAACCAAGCCAGGAGACAGGUUUUUUCUCUUUUUUUCGGCUUUUGAUCGAAAGUUGACUCGGUUGGCUUCUUCAGAAAUAUAAAUAAAGGUUAUAACAAAAAAAUUAAAAAAAUUCACUGAAGGAGAAGAACCGAAUUUUUCGGAUCUUGGCAACGCGAAUCGGACAUGUCCGCGCAUUUCUAAGGGCCUCUUUAGUAGCAUGAUUUUUUUCCAACAGCUAAAUGUUUGAAAUGUCAUGAAAAAAAGGAGUUUGGGAAAGAAACUGAAAGAGUUAUUAAUUAGAAAAGAAUAGCAACUUUCUGCUAGCCUCUAAAAAAAAGAACUAUUCAAAAUUUUUGACAAUUCGUUUCAUUUUGUCGUUUCGGGAAAAAGAAGAUGUGGGAAAGGAAAAAAAAAAUAAGUCACCAAGUCUGAAUGGUCCUUAUUUCUGACAGAUUUUUUAGAAUGAACUGGAGGUUCUUUUAUUCGAGACUGGAAACGUAGUUUCAUAUCCAAUUGUCUUUAGCCCAUGCAACACCUUUUUUGCAGAUAUCAUCUGAUGCCAAUUCUGACGCCGGCUUUCCCAGAACAGAAUUCCACUUUCAACGUGACAAACUCGACGCGGACGAUUCUCGUUAACGAGCUCAAAGAAGGUGAUUUUCAGAAAGAAAACCUGCAAAAUUAACCUUUGUUGGUUCAAUCAGGUCUCGAAAUCUGCAAGGAAAUUUCCGACCACGGUGCUUCAUGGACCCGACUUUUCGAAGAAGUCAACUUUUUCAGCCGCUACAAGCAUUUCAUCUGUAUGUUUUUUGUCUUCCGCUUAGAAAUGGUAUAAUUCAAUGUUUGCUUAUUUGGAUCAUGCUAGUAGUUUUUUAUAGGGUAUGGGAAGAUAUGUUUUCAAAUAUUAAAAUUUAAAAAUUUUUUAAAUUUCAUUUUGUUAGUGGAAAAUUCAUGAGAAGUUCGACAUCAUUGUAGUGCAUUCAGUAAAACAAAACAUUUUGAGCCAAAAUAUUUUUUUACGCUUUUUGUAACACUUUCUAUAACGGCUGAUUUUACUAACUUUUAAAAUAUUUUUUUAAUCAUAUGUCUUGCUUUUUCCAAAUGUUAGCCAUCAAGUAGAAUAGGGAGACAAUCUUACAUUGGCUGCAUCCCAUUCCAGACUUUUGUGCCCAUAAAGAAUAUGAAAAUGUACGGAAUUGGGUCGCACCUUGGGGUGGGAUCCAGCCGACGUAUGGGAAGAAUUUCACUGAUAGAAAGUUUUUUCGAUAUGCGGAGCCGAGAUAGUUCCUUUGGCCUUUUUUCAUUUUUGCGUGUCUUGCAGCUCUGCUAUGCGCCGCCCCCACCGAGGAGGAGCAUUUGAUCUACAGCGGAUUCGUCGAAUCGAAAAUUCGACAUCUCGUCGGAUCUUUCGAAAGAAAUCAAUGCAUCAACAUUGCCCACAUCAAUCCGCGUCAGUACAAACCCAUUCCGACCGCUCAAUUCGAUUUGGGAUACGAGUUCGUUUUUUUCUUUUUCUUCUCAGAGAAAUAAUUUUGUUUUUCUUCUUUUUUUUUCUCGAAUGAAUAGGACAAGUUGCCUCAGGUAACGGAAUAGUGAUAUUAAAUUUUGAAAGCAACGUAAAAACUGCGAAAUUCAUUUAUUCAUAUUUAAACUCCUAUGGAACGUGAAAUUGAUAAAAACAAAGGUUUUUGAAUGCUUUUUGCAUAAAUGAAGUUAUUGAAAUAUUUUUACUUUGAAUCUGCAGAUAUCUUUUUCAUGCAUAAAAAAAAGAAAAAUUUUUUUCUCUUGAUUCAAAUUUUUUUCAUAAAUAAAUUCAUUCUGUUUUUCAUAUCGUUUCUGAUGUAGAGUAGUAUCAGAAAAACUCAAAAAUUUUUUUAUAUUUUUUUCACGACACUCUCGCCCCUGGACACUUGUAGAGAAAAAGAUGAGGAUGAUCUUAGUUUGAAAAUUUUAUCAUGUUUUCAGGUACUAUUAAACACAAAAAUACAAUGGAGACCAAAAAACCUUAAUAAGAAAAUGGAAAAAAAAAUGAACGAAAAUUGAUGGGAAUGAGGCUACCAAUUUCUGCGGGAAGCAUUUACGCCCCUACUCGAAUCAGAAUGCGAUUUCCAGAAGUCCUGUUUGCACUUUGUGGUUCCUUGGCCUCGAAUUCGACAAGGCCUCAGUGAAGAACUUGGAUUUGACCACGGAAAUCGCCAAUUUCCAAAAGACGCUGGCCAAUCAUAGUGCCACGAUGAAGAAUUACACGGAGAACAUGAAGGUUCAAAGCCUCGGACUUUUUUUUGAGGAAUCCAAAGAAUUAAUCAGGUGGAAUUGACGUACGUCCGCCGAACUGAGCUGUAUCACUGGCUGCCAAAAGCCGAGCUGCGACGCGGCAGAACCGCGGUCCGUCGGUCGCAAGUGACGUCAUCUACUUCAACCAAUGGAACGCCGGCUCGAACUGCCGCCAAUGGCGUGGCUCGCACGAGGACUUUGAGCAACGCCUCACCUUCAGCCAGUCAGGAAAAUCUUCCUGGAACUUCGGCUGAGGUGCCGUCCACUUCUGCCGCGUCUUCUUCGACUUCUGGAGGACUUGUACGUCACUUUUUUUUCUUAAUCAUGCUCAUUUGCUUUAGCCGCAUUUCACUCAAAUUUUUGUGGAAAAUAGGAUAUUCAGAAUUUUCGAAAUUCAGUAACUUUGAGCUUCACAACACACUUAUCUAACCGAAGAGCUGUCUACGCCUUUUUAAAAAUCAUAAUCAUAGUUUGCUACUUGUCAUUUAAAAUUUAAUUAUUGCAAAAAUGAUUAUUCAAUCCACGUCUUGAUGUUGUUGGAGUCGAUUGCCUAAGGCUGUGGCCCAGUUUUCAGCAUUGUUAAUUUUUUAUACUAGAGUACCAUAAAAAUAUUCUGGCUUAAAUGUUUUUGCAUUCGAAGGUGAAGAUUUCAGAGCCGAGUAGAUUCGAUGUCACACGAGGCGGCCUUAGAGACCGCCAUGGCCAUAGAGAACACUGACGCCGCUCUGAUCGAAGCGCUGAGCCAGGCGGACGCAGACGAAGAAGCCAAAUCUUCGACUGUUCCUCUCGCCGCCGAACCCGACUCUUCAGAAGUCCCUUCUAGUCCUGACGGGUGUGUAUUCCGUUAAAAGAUGAUCAGAGCCUUCCAUUCACAUAUAGUUCCUAAAAAAAGAGAAGGUUUAAAUUUUUUCGAACCAGUUUUCGGGGAUAUUUAGGUUGUGAAAUUUCGAAGCCUUAUCAAAAAAAAUUACAGACGUUUUAAUGAAUGCCUGAAAGUGAGAAUAACUAACUCAAUGUACUGAACUUUUUUAGUUGCAAACAAAGAGUUUUGUCAGAAAAAAAAGAUAAUCUACUCAGUGAACGACCUCAUAGAUAAGUUCAGAGCGGCGCAUCAGAGCGCUCGGAAACACGCGGCGUCAGAAUGGGUCGAGACGUCGCAAGACGAGAAUCUUGACGACUUGACAGACGGACCGACGACGAAGCGUCCUAGGGCCGAAAUGACAUCAGCGACCGUCGACGUCGAUGCGCUCGUCGCCCAGCAACAGAAUGUCCAGCCGAUCGCCUCUGUCGCUCAGGCCACAGCCACGGCUGGCAAUUGUACGUUUUUCGAAGAAAUGAGAGGGUUUAAUCAAGUAGAUUGACCUUAGUCCGUUUUCUUUUCUAUCGGAUUCCUGAGACUCUCAAAGAUUUUUUUCUUUCAGAAUGGAGGUUUAUUCUUAAACUUCUUUUUGGCUUUUUAGCCGAAACCUUCCAGAAUGGCCGAUUGGUGAGAGUUUUCUGUUUCUUACUAAACAACAUUCGCCAAUUCUCGACUCGUUUUCAGAUUCCAUCAUUGCUAAAAAAAAAUGUAAUAAAGUUCCACUGUGUAUGUGUACUUCAUUCUAACUUUCGUUCUUGCUCUCAGUUUCCAUUAAAUCUCAAAAUCCUCGAGGAUUAUCCCAAAAAAAAAAAUUCCGAAAUUCCCAUUCAUGCCAGAACUUCACAGAAGAGAUUUCCGCAACUACACUUUUUUGAAAUCAAAGUAUGUUUUCCUUACAGAACUUCGAAUUCAAGUUUUCUUCCGAAAAUCUUUUCCGUGCGACCCUGAUUCAUGCCGAUACUUAUUGUGUUCCCUUUGUAAUAAUCCACGCAUAG